AUGACUAUGAACUGUAUUGACACGCUUUUCUUUCUCUUACAAUAGAUGGUGAUAACAAAUAUAUGAGAGCAAUGCGUUUAAUGAGUGGAUUCUUUGCAUCUCUUCCAAAUAUGAAAUUACAUCAGCGACCAGAAGCAUUUGAAAUAUAUUUACCAUCAAAAUGGCCGUGGUUUUAUCUUCGACGACAACAAUUAUUAUUAUUUCUACAGGAUCCUACACAUUUAGCUACAAAGUGGAGAAAUCGUUCAUUAUUAUGUCGGACAUCGGAAAAUGAAUGUUGA